UCUGGCCUCUUUAGUGUCCUCAACAUAUGAAUGUCCAGAAAAACAGCCAACUUACGUUUUGAGGAAGUGGCUUUAGCUAGAAAAGAGGAAACCCAACACUGCAUUUUAUGCACCAGGAGAAAUUGAGAAACACUGAGUUGAUACACGGAACAAACUUGUAGAAGAAGACGAUAAACACCCCUCAGUAAACCCCCAAACAACAACAUGGACUCUUUUGGAAGACUUUUCUUCAUGCUGACUUGGAUAUUCGUAUUCCUCUUCCCUUCUGUUUGCUCGGGAAUGGAUGCACCAAAGUUAUCCCUGGAAACCAGAGUCUUUGUGGCCCUUGCAGAUGAAAAGCUCACAAUUAAAUGUAACGUGACAAAACCAGCAAACCAAACUAAAGACAAGAUGGCCUGCUACGAUCUUCACCACAACAUGAUAUAUAACUGUGUCAUUGAAGCGACGGCUGGAAAGACUACUUUUAUUCCACUGACAUUGCAUGUGGGACCCCUGAACGUUUCAGGAGAAUACUAUUGCCAGUAUCAAACAUUAAAGGCGUACUGGUUUCUUCGAGUGAGAGAUUCCGGCUACACAGAACCUGUGAUGUUGGAUUACACAGAAUUCAUCGUACUGGCCUUCUUGACUGGUGUGCUGCUGGUUUUUAGCGUGAUCGGAUCAGUGUAUGUCUUCAGAGGACAUCCGAAAGAGCAGAUUACUCAGUGUGGCGAAACAGGUGGAAAACGAAAGCAGAACAAAGAAGAAAGGAAGGCGAAAGAGACAAAGGAAGACAAAGUGGAUGUAACAACAGCUCCAUCUCUCUAUGCUAGUCUAGAGCCUCGGCCCAGGUCCAUUUAUGAUGUGCUGGACCCCUCAGCUGCCAAUGGAAAGUCAGAUCAAGGGAAAGCUAAAGCCAAGAAGAACAAACCCGAUAAAACAAUGGGGCAAACCACACAACACCAAGAUGAAGGCGUGUUUGAGUCUGUCUAUGAGAACUUUUGAAUCAUAAAUACAUUUACGUAUCCAGACUGUGAUAUUUAUAUCAGUGGCUAAGAUCAUGUCCAUUUGCUUUGCUGUUUCAUUGUCACCAGUUGCUAGUGGUAGAAAAAAUAUUUAGAUUCUUUAGAAAGUAUAAGUAAAAACCACAAUGUAAAAAUACUCUUGUUACAUGUAAUUUUGAAAUAAAGAUACAAAGGUGUUAUUAGCAAAUGUUCCCAUUAUACAGGCCAAAUAACCUCUAUCCGUGUUAUAUUAUUGUGUGCCAUACUGUUGGAUUAUUGUUGCAUUAUCAUGUAACCAGCAUUAUAGUGUUGUGGCUUGUUGCAGUGGAGCUAUUUCUACCGACUGUAUUUACUGUUGGGAGGUUUAAUUUACUGUAUGAACUGUACUUACGUGCACACUACAGUAAAUGUACUUUGUUAGUUUGUACUGGCUGUUUACGACUCCAGUAAAUGAAAAAAAUUCAUAUUUCCUUGUCACCUGUCUCAGUUUGAUUUGGCUAGAAAACGUGAUUUCUGUAUUUUCUGUGACUCCUUAUGUGGGCACUUCCCUCCCGAAUAAGCGUCAUAUCUGCGUACGAUGACCAAUGAAAUUGCAAGGUCUGGAUUCCACGAGCCAAUGCCAACGCUGAUGUCAGUUCGACUUCCUGGUUUGUUUUGGUUUGUUUUGCUACAUUGACAAUGGCUGCAGAAGGCGAUUUCCUGGCGAGAUACCGUGCUGUGUCAAAUAAACUAAAAAAACGUUUUCUGCGGAAGCCCAAUGUUGCGGAGGCAAGUGAGCAGUUUGGUCAGUUAGCCAAGGAGCUAAAGCAGCAGGACUGUUUGCAGUAUGCUGCCUUCUGUAACCUGGCCAUGGCUCGGUGUGAGCAGACUCUCUUUAACGCUCCUGGUGAGGCCUUGGCAUUAACCGAUGCUGCCCGCCUCUUUCUCUCAUCUGAGAAGGAGAACAGAGCCCUGCAGGCCCCAGGCUUCGAUGAGCACCUACAGGCUGCACUCAACUGCUACAGCUUUGCAAUCAAGGUGUACAUUGAGAUGAACCAGCCUGUGAUGGCAGCCAGCCUGUGUCUAGAACUUGGCAAUGCACUCAAGGAGAUGAACAGACCAGGAGAAGCUAUUGUUCAUUAUCAGAGGGCUGUAGAAUUGCAGACGCAGACACCAAUUGAAGCGCUGCUGUCAAUGGGAGAAAUAGCCACAUGUAAAAUUCUCACCCGUGACUAUGACGGUGCUCUGUCAGUGUUCACAGAGAUGCAGCUGAUGUGUCAGGAGAGAGGACUGCAGCUACCAGGCACUAGCACCCCUGUUGGUGCAUUUCUGGACAUUGUGGCAACAUGUGAGAUCUCCCGAGUACUGCUGCUGAUGCUGCUUGAGCCUCCACCUCAGAAGUUGUUACCAGAACAUGCACAGACCCUGGAGAGAUAUGCAUGGGAGUCCUUUGACCCUCACAGCCAAGUGACUUUCCUGCCUGAGAAUGUUUUCCUGCUCCUGCAGUCGGUAGUGAUGGCGUGUCAGGAGAAAGACACAGAGUCCCUCAAGUCUCUUCAGACUGAGCUGUGGCCGCUUCUGACGGCUGAGCAGAAUCACCUUCUCCACCUGGUGGUUCAGGAGCGCAUCACGCCGUCUGGCCAAGGCAUUUAGUACAGUCCAGUUUUUACUCACUUCCUCUGGGAACGAUACUUUAUAUAAUGGAACAUUCCUGUUUCUGACUGGGUCUGUUGUAAGGCCUGAAGAAGUGUUUUCAAAACUCUGGUGUUGAAACUUGCACUCAGACAAAUGCACGUAAUACAUACAAAACUUUGCCCUUAUUAAGCAAAGCCAUGCAGAUUUAGAAAUCAGUCAAUCUAUUAGCAUUGUCUAGUUGUGUGGGUUGUCCUUCAUCACCCUGAUGUGAAGAUUUCUAUCAGGAUGCUAACUUAAGACUAAAUUUAAAUUAUUUUCAACAAUGUGUCCUCUUACUCGAGUGAAGGCUACAAAACUGGAACGAUUCAUACAUAUUUACUAUGUAAUAGUGACUGUUUUGGGUCUUGUUGUAUUCACAGCAGUUUAACAGAUGAAACAUGAAUGCCUUAUGUUAUUAUUUGAUUUAUUAAUAAAUGAUAUGGCUUUUAUUCCAAUGUAAUUACAAACAAAACUUUCUAUUGUAUAGCUCUGUGAUAUGGUGAAAUGAAACACCAUUGUCCUCCAUCCCUGGUUAACUUUAUGUUCACUUGUACAAAUUGCAUGUACUUUUCUUAAGAUAGCAGCCAACUACAGACUUAAAUUCAAACAUGAUUAAAAAAAAAACACUCCAUACAAAAUGUUACAAAAA